AUGUCGACAGUAAUCAUCAAACGCAAGCGUGCGAGGAAGGCGUGCAUUCCUUGUCAUCAGCGUAAGCGAAAAUGUGACACGAUGUAUCCUUGUGAUAUGUGCACCACCUACGGAUACAACUGCAAGUACACAGAAGACAACAUCACUGGUGCUAUAGGCGACGGUCCAUCUAUUCCGCCUCCAGUCAAGCGCGUAAGCCUCGCCAACGAAAAUCGGCUGACGAGUCGGACCGCUACAAACCGCAAUUCGACCAGCCGGUCUCAUGGGGAGCCAGACCACGGCGAAUAUCACGAAUCAUCGACGAGCAAUUCCACUGUUGUGGCCGGCGCGUCUCCGGGUAUCUUCGACGAGCAGAAGUUCCGAUACUCCGGGGCAUCGGCGGCCAUGGCAUUUCCGCACAUCCUGGGUGUGGCUCUCGGUUCCGACAGUCCUCCCAAAAUGCGGUCGUUUGCCUAUAACUUUGGCAUUCGCCCGGAGGAGGCGUCCAACCCUCACUGCUUCCUCGGAAAUCUCAUUUCGGAGGAAGACCUUGAUUCCUCUCGGAUAAUCUAUGCUCAGCGAUGCCGGGACUAUUUUAAUAAUUCCGGUAACAACGCCGUCGCUUUUGCCGCCGUGGCCGCUGGCAUCGCUGCUCUCGGGUCCUUCCUAUCCCCCAAAAGGCAUCCACGGGAGCCUGACCUGGUGCAGUACGCCAAAGCCAUUCUCGAUGACCCGUCCUCCAUGCGUUUGCAUGGCAUUGACCACAUCGUUGCGUGGGGCAUGCGAGUCAUGUACCUGCGGGCCACGACCCGGCCCAGCAAUGCGUGGAUCGCUUCGUGUACGCAAAUGCACCUCUGUGAAGCGAUAGGGCUACACGAGGAAGAGAACAUCAAGAAGAUAGCGUCCAUCGCUGGCGCGGCUGUCCAUGGACAUGAUGCUGACCGACUGAGAAGAAUUUUCUGGAUCUCAUGGGCCGGGCAUAACAUGCUGUCCUAUGAGUAUGAUCGUUCUCCUGUGGGAUUUCGGUCUGUGACUUGCCAGCCUAUCAUCUCGAUAUCAGGGUCCGUUGCCGAUCAAUUUGUACAACUGAUUCAAAUCAUUCCAUCUCCCAAUUCUCCGUUCCAGCACGAAUUGCAGCCUCUCACUCUGAGUGAGGAGCUAUUUAAGCGGCUCGAAGUGCUGGGUGACCUCAAUUUUACCCAUCCGUUCCUGGUGGUGACGAAGGCGGAUAUCGCGUUUUGCUUCUACCGACGCCUUUACCAGCUCAAGAUCCGCCUACCAGACGACAUAAUUCGGGUCAUCAUUGAUAGCGGCAGCGCCGCGGUGCAGGCGGCCGAGCAGCAAGCUAGCCAGAGGCAUCUUCUCUGGAACGUUAUCGGCAGCGUUUUCCAGUACACCUGUAUCCUGUUAGCCAUGGACACGCCGGCGGCUUCUGCCCAUAUCGGCGCCGCAUUCAAGGGCUUGGAGAACCUUGUCAAGGCUGCCGAUACAGGACUGACCCGUGAGGCGUUGUUGAUGGCGCGGCACCUACUCAGUCUUAAUAUGGCAAAGAAGCGAAAGGAACUUGCUCAGCUGGAGGCUGUCGAGGCAGACUAUGAAUUCUUUCAGGCGCCACAGGCAUCCGAGGCUCACACCGCGGUGCCAGACAUUGAUUGGGAGGUGAACUGGGAUCAAUUCUUCAUCGAGCCAUAUUUGUCCAUGCUCGAUCCUGACAUCCAGCUAUAG